AUGGACAUGCCAGUGAAUGUUCCCAUCGACGACCCCAACGCAGACACCGAAUGGUAGGCUUGCACAUGCCAUCUUGUUUUUCAUCGCUCGAAUCCGCUUGUAGAAGGCAUUUUCAUACCCUUUCACGUCCGGGAGCAUAAGACACGCUGCGAUACUGAGUACAUGGCUCAGGAACGACAUUCUGCGGAAACAUGGAGUCAUUCCCGAGAAGCCGCCCUCACCCACGCCGAUGAUCGAGGAGGCACUCGUACAAGCAAGAGAGCUGGCGCACGAGAACAGAUUAGAGGGCAAAGAUUUGGAUGAACUGGACGAGCUAGAAGAUGAAGAGGACGAGGCAUUUCUCGAUCAGUACCGGUAUGGUGGCCCGACAUUGCAUGCACCCGACACAGUCUAACUUCCAAUUGUAUUUCAACCAGACAAAAGCGUCUCAAUGAACUCUCAACCCUCAAGCAGACGAGCAUCUACAACCAAGUCUACCCCAUCCAAAAGCCAGAAUACUCCCGCGAAGUCACCGAGACCUCGUCGAAAUCCUUUGUCCUGGUCCUCCUUACCUCUUCCACGGGCACGAAUGUCGAAUCGCAACUCAUGAUCGAACUAUGGCGCGAGCUGGCGAAGAAGUUUGGAGACAUCAAGUUCUGUCAGAUGCAAGCCAAUCUGUGUAUAGACGGGUAUCCAGACCGGAAUACACCGACAGUGUUGGCGUACAAAGAUGGAGAGAUCAAGAGGCAGAUUGUUACGCUGAAGGAGUUGAAUGGCGACAAGACAAGUGUAGCAGGUGAGUGCGGCCACUCGUCAACUGGCAUGCUGGAAGCUAACGAGCGUCAUUGCAGACAUGGAGAAAGUGCUACUCGGCAUGGGCGCACUGCAGCACAACGAUUCGAGAUUGAAGAGGAAAGACGAGGAUGCAGAGGCAGAGCAUCCGAAACGCAGCAUUUUCCAAAGCUCCAAGAAGAAGGAGGACGAUGACGAUAGCGAUUGGGACUAA